AGAAAGAAGCCCCACGCGCUUGAUCCCACCACCGCGCGAGUGGAUUCGGUGUCAGAGCCCCCAUCGGCGACCGGCAGCGUUCAUUCGCCCCCCUUGCCCGUUUCGCAUCUUCUGUCAGUAGUACGCUCGCUCUGUCUGUAUCGGUCGCACGCGGUGGACCGCUCUCGGGUUCGCCGGCAUCGAACAUCCACCCAUUGUGUGCGGCGCACAAGCCGGCCGAAGAAGAGACGCGGCUCGGUCCGUCGAAAGGGCGCCUUCACACUACACCGUGAAAGGGCCGCACACGCCUUCCCACGUGUGUUUAUUGCUGGGAACAUAGCCGUCGUCGUCUAUAUCGUUGUAAUAGCCCGGCCAGACGUCUCUCCCUUCCCCUCCUAGCGCAGACGAGAGUGCCGCGUUCUCUACUAUUCCCAUCCUGUCCUCUGUGCUGCUCUCCGCUGCCAACCUGCCGUGUCUGGGGGCGUUGCAGUAGCCACGAGAACGUCGCAUUUGCUUGUUAGCCUUGUUGUCACUCAGCACCGACAACAGGCGUUUCUCCGACUCUGCUUUGGUCGGUGCCCGCGUGCACGUCCUGCUGAACCGUCCCCAAAUCGCAUCGAAGCAAGAAUCAGCGGGCGAACGUUCGGGAAAUCAAGAGACCACCGAGCUUUGGCGCGGACCGUGACUUGCAACGAGCCUCGUCUUGCACAGUAGCCGUGACCCACUCAACGCCCACGAGCCGGGAAGCAACCUCGUCACAGCGCCCCGGUGGACUCGGAGCGGCGUCGGCAUCUUCGUCUUCGGCCGCUUCUACGUCGUUCCUUCUCAGGCAGUGGCGGAGAGACGUCGUCUCCGCUUGCAGGGGGAAGUGUUCGACUGCGCCGAAGACAAAAGGAGACCCCGGCCGUCCGCGCUUGCACCCUCUCACCCGCCGUUCGUAGUAUCGAGGCCCGAGCCACUGAGGGACGACUCCCAGUUUCGUAUUUCCCGCCGUCUGCGUAGCCCUCGACUCCCGCUGAGCUGAAGAUGUCUACGGGACACCGAAAGGGCGUGUUCCUGCUUUUGCUGCUGUCGCAUCUCGCAUCGGCACAACUCAACGCUGUCGACCACCGGCCGAGUCGUUUUUCCGCGCAGAUAGCGCACCACACCGAACUUCCGUACAUCCGGGAUCCGCCGGAACCUGAAAACACCGUCGGCGGACCGCUCCCAGAUUACGACCACACCUCGGCAUCGCCCAUCAAUGGUGACGACACCACAGCCUCGACUACUGAACUCCAAACCAACAACGAGGCCAAUGAUAUCCACGCUGCGGAUGGAUUGGGCGUAUCUGGUCCGCUUCUGCUUCCGGGACCCGGCAACUCCGGAUCGCCCGCCGCAUCGCUCAAGGUGACGAGCUCUACGAGGCCUACGACCAGCGCGCCGUACGGCCUGCCGUUCCGGCGGAUACAGUACGGCCCGUUGCACCGGUCGUUCAAGCACACCCGGAAACCCGCUCACUUCGAGACGACCUUCAAGUGCACCUUUGAUAACCAUGCGUGUGGCAUGCGGAACCAAAUGAACAUCGGACGGCACUUCCUGCGCAUGAACAACAGCAUCGCUGGCAGAUCCGGCUUCUACAUGGCGGUGGACGCGAAGCGCGUUCCGGCCGGCGUGUCGCGACUGAUCACCCCGUACCUGCCGGGAUAUCCGAACUCCCACGUGUGCCUCAACCUCACGUACGCGUUGAUCGGCCCGGGCGCCGAGCGCAUUCAGGUGGUGGCCCAGGACGUCGGCAACCGGCCGCUCUUCUCCCUCGAGCCUCAUCCGCGGUUCACCUGGCGGACGUUCGCCAUCAACAUGACCGUUCACCAGGACCUGCGGUUCUUCAUCGAAGCCUACACGAACGGAAAGCCGGGCUGGGUUGCCAUCGACGACUUCAAGUACACUUUCAAUAAGUGUCCCUGACUGUUUCGCUCCUCAUAAUGCGAUCGUUUCAUCUAAUGCCACGUGGACGCCGGCGGAUACGAGAGAUGGCGUUACGAACGAACGUGGCUCGAGCCUGGUUUCCUAGAGGAACGCGGAGACCCGUUUCAUCUAAUUCACUCACAUUAUUUCUUGCGUUCACAUGAUUCGUUCGUUCUGUUUUUGUAAAUAUACUAAAAACCUCUGUAUAUAAUAAACUCCCUCCAUCGUU